UCAAAGGCACCAAGAAGUGCAAGUUACUGAGGCUGCAGGUAAGAUACUGGAAAAACUGAGCCUGCUGUCCCAGGGCUCUUGUAUGUGAGCUGAGCCACACCAUGGCUGUUGGAUGGAUAGUAGGAAGUCCCCUUUGGAGAGGUGCUUAAAGCAGCUUUAGUGUUUAGAGUUUAGGGAAAAAAAAAGGAAAAAAAAGUAAAGAAAACAAGCUGCUCCUCCCAGGAGAGGCUGGCACCACUAGCAUGCUGGCAGGUAGGCUGCCAAAGUAAUGACAACACAAGAAACCUGCCUUGUUUUGCAAACCUUUUGUAUCGGUGAUUGUGGAAAAGUUUUGCAAUCACUGUAAGAAGGAAAUCCAAGGUUUAAAAAAAUGCUGUGGAGUGUUCCACUUCUUGGAGUAGGCAGCGCUUUUGCUGUGACGUUGCACUGGCUUCAAGCCUGAAAGCCCUAGGGCAUGGGAAAGAAACAGCCUGACACGGCAGUGAGACCAAAAAGACCUACAUAUCAGAUCUGGAGGAGGAAAACCAUGGAUAGGCCAAUCACUGCUGGCCAGCUUAAAGAAAAGUCUCUCUUCCAGGACAACAAUGGCAGUGCAGUUCCUGCCAAGAACGUGUGCCAUAACUGUUCAAAGCUAAAGAUAUUUCUUGGAGCUCUAGCUUUUUCCUUUUUUGCCAAAGGAUUUUCUGGGAGCUACAUGAAAAGCAUGUCCAGUCAAAUUGAAAGGAGAUUUGAAAUCUCGUCAUCAAUUGUUGGCAUUAUUGAUGGCAGCUUUGAGAUUGGUAACUUAAUGGUAAUGGUGUUGGUGAGCUACCUUGGACCAAGAGUUCAUCGACCAAAAGUAAUUGCUGUUGGAUGUGUCAUCAUGUCCUUAGGAGCAUUUUUGUCAGUGAUGCCUCAGUUCCUAAUGGGACGUUAUAAUUAUGAAAGGCUAACUGUUACUGUGGACAACUCCUCUAUGAGUGUAUCAGCUUGCUCCCCAGCAUCAGAGGGCCAUCCAGUCACAGAUGUUACAGAAACACCCAGCACAAUGAAAAAUUUUGGAUGUGAGAAAACAACAAAUUCCUACCUGUGGCUCUUUGUGUUGAUGGGGAACCUUUUACGUGGAAUUGGGGAGGCACCAGUUAUGCCGCUGGGGGUUUCAUAUAUUGAUGAUUUUUCUAAAGAAGAAAACUCAGCAUUUUACAUAGGCCUGGUGAGAUCCUCAGGCAUGUUUGGGCCGACCCUGGGUUUCCUGCUUGGAUCUUUCUGUGCUAGCCUCUGGGUUGACAUUGGCAUUGUGGAUAUCGAUGCCAUCAGCAUAAAUCCUAAAGAUACCCGUUGGGUUGGUGCCUGGUGGCUUGGAUUGCUUAUCUGUGGCGCAGUCAACUUCAUUGCUUCAUUGCCUUUCUGGUUUCUGCCUUAUUCCUUACCGAAAGAAGGAGAGAAUGAAAACCUGAAGAUUAGUCAUUUGCCUUCUCAAGGAGGUCACUGUAAAACAGACCUCCCAGCUCAGCCACAGUUAAAGUUCUCAGAGGCAGUAAAAGAUUUCUUCCCAGCACUGAAGAAGCUGUUUGGAAAUCCAGUUUUCCUGGUGUACAUCUUUCUCACUAUUCUGCAGUACAAUUCUCUUAUUGGGUUGAUAACCUAUGAGACAAAGUUCAUGGAACAGCAAUUUAAUGUAUCAGUGGCAAGAGCCAUCUUUCUAAUUGGUGUGAUACUUUUACCCAUCACAAUCUUGGGGAUGUUUCUAGGAGGCUUGCUGAUCAAGAAAUUCAAACUUCACAUAACUGAAAUGGCAAAGUUCGCAUGCAUCACCUUUAUAGUAGCAUAUUUGUUAAACCUCUUGUACUUUACAUGCAGUUGUGAGGUGCUCCAGGUGGCUGGUUUGACAGUGCCCUACUCCGGAUUAAAGCAUCUUUCCUCCCCCAAAAACAGCUUCAUGGCAAGUUGCAAUGCUGACUGCGGCUGCAAGUUGGAUCAGUGGGACCCUGUGUGUGGGGAUAAUGGGAUCACUUACAUGACGGCCUGCUUUGCAGGAUGUAAAUCAUCAACCGGGAUGGGAAAGAAUAUGGUGUUUCAUGAUUGUAGCUGUGUCGAAGGACAAAUGCAUGGACUUGGCAAUUCCUCAGCAGUUCUGGGACAAUGCCAAAGAGAAAGCUGUACCAAAGCGUUUCCCUAUUUUUUAGCAUUACAGACUGCAUGUGCAUUUAUUUUAGCCUUAGGAGGCACUCCUACAUAUAUGAUUAUGUUUAGAUCUGUUUCACCAGACCUGAAAUCCUUUGCUGUUGGGAUUGAAACUUUAGGUGGUAGAGUACUAGGAGGACUCCCAGCCCCUAUUUAUUUUGGUGCCUUGAUAGAUGAGACCUGCUUGAAAUGGGGGACAAAAACCUGUGGGGGAUCUGGAUCUUGUCGGGUAUAUGACACGAAAGCAUUCAGAAAUGUCUAUCUUGGCCUCAUUGCAGGACUACGGGCAGGAUGCUGUCUCUUAUACAUAGUGCUCUCUGUUUUAAUAAUGAAACGCUUUAAACCAGAUGGCAAAGAGAUGACAAAUAUUAAAAGUACAGAAAGAUCAACCAGCAAAGAACCAGCUACUGCCAACAAAAAAGAAAUUCUUCCUGGUGCAAGAACCUCAGAGGAGAGUGAGGAAACUUGUAUGUAAAAAAACAGAAACAAGGCCUUUUCCUAACUCUGCCUACACUUCAGUUUUUCUAAGCAAGCACAACAGGGGUCUAAUCACUGACUUCAGCAACUAGUUUACAUUUUGGGGUUUCAAAAAACUAUCUCUGAAACAUUGACCUUUAAUUUGCUUUACCUAUCCUCUUUCUCUACUCAUCUGAAACAAUAGGGGGAAAAGGUUUUCAAAAUCUGGGGAACUCUCCCAUGCUCUUGAGGGUGCCAGAGCAGUGGCACAGGCUGCCCAGGGAGGGUGUGGAGUCUCCUGCCCUGGAGACAUUCAAAACCCGCCUGGACACAUUCCUGUGCCCCCUGCUCUAGGUGUCCCUGCUCAAGCAGGGGGUUGGACAAGAUGAUCUCCAGAGGUCCCUUCCGACCCCUGCCAUUCUGUGAUUCUGUGAUUCUGAGAUUAAGUUCCUUUUUAGACCAACAGUAAAACUAGCAAAAAUUUUUCAAGUGUCAUACAUUUGAUUAUGAUUGAAAAAUUAAAAAGAAGAAAUCCACAAUAAUCUUCCAUUUUUCACAAAUUUUAUUUCAAGUCCUCUUGCUCUGCAUUUAGUCCUACAGCUCUAAAUGGCUAAUUUAGAGCUAAUGGUUACACUUGCCCAGUUGCUCUGAUGGCUUUGCUGCGUGGUUCAUGGCCAGAGAGAGCUCUCUGUUCUAGACUGGGUCCCAUGGCCCAAGCUCAGGUGAGAGCCCCAGGGCCAUUAGUGAGCACUCUGAACAAGAACUACACGACGACUCUGGGGUUUGGCUUGAACACAACAAUCAAAAUGGAUUGCAAACAAAAGAAAUUGUUGUAUUAAUUUUGCAGCACAUCUCAGUAUUGGGUAUGAGUAAAAUCACUCUGAACUGAUGAAAUAAAGUGAUAGUGUGUCUUUAA